AUGGCCAAGGAAGCUAGGGAGCCGACGUACGACGACUACGUCGAGAGGAUCCACUACUCGGACAAGUACUCGGACGACAAGUGGGAAUACCGCCACGUCAUCCUGCCAAAACCGCUGCUGCGCCUGAUCCCCAAGAGCUACUUUGACCCCGAGGAGCAGGGCGUGCUGCGCAUCCUCUCGGACCAGGAGUGGAGGGGCCUCGGCAUCACACAAAGCGUCGGGUGGCAGCAUUACGAGGUGCACGCACCGGAACCGCACAUCCUCCUCUUCCGGAGGGAAAAAGACUACCAGCAAAAGUACGGACCCCAGGGCAAGCCCGCAGACCUGCAGCGAGUCAGGAGGUGA